AUGACUAUGAUAGCUUUUAGCCGUAAACUUCAUUGUCAAAUACAUGAAAAUGUUCACACUGGAGAGAAACCCUAUGUGUGUAAGCAAUGUGGAAAAGGUUUCACCCAACUUGGACAUUGUAAGGAACAUGAAAGAAUUCACACUGGAGAGAAACCAUAUGUAUGUAAGCAAUGUGGGAAAGCUUUUACCACACAUGGAUAUUGUAAGAAACAUGAAAGAUUUCACACUGGAGAGAAACUCUAUGUAUGUAAGCAAUGUGGGAAAGCUUUUAAAACACAGGGAGAUUGUAAAAAUCAUGAAAGAAUUCACACUGGAGAGAAACCAUAUGUAUGUAAGCAAUGUGGGAAAGCUUUUAAAACACAGGGAGAAUGUAAGAAACAUGAAAGAAUUCACACUGGAGAGAAACCAUAUGUAUGUAAGCAAUGUGGGAAAGCUUUUAACAGACGGGAAGGUUGUAAGAGACAUGAAAGAAUUCACACUGGAGAGAAACCAUAUGUAUGUAAGCAAUGUGGGAAAGCUUUUAAAACACAGGGAGAUUGUAAAAAUCAUGAAAGAAUUCACACUGGAGAGAAACCAUAUGUAUGUAAGCAAUGUGGGAAAGCUUUUAAAACACAGGGAGAAUGUAAGAAACAUGAAAGAAUUCACACUGGAGAGAAACCAUAUGUAUGUAAGCAAUGUGGGAAAGCUUUUAACAGACGGGAAGGUUGUAAGAGACAUGAAAGAAUUCACACUGGAGAGAAACCAUAUGUAUGUAAGCAAUGUGGGAAAGCUUUUACCAGUCAUGCAAAUUGUAAGAAACACGAAAGAAUUCACACAGGAGAGAAACCAUAUGUGUGUAAGCAAUGUGGGAAAGCUUUUAGCACAUGGGGAGAUUGUAAGAAACAUGAAAGAAUUCACACUGGAGACAAACUCUUAUGUAUGUAAAUAAUGUGGGAAAGCCUUUAAAAUGCAGUGAGAUUGUAAGAAACAUGAAAGAAUUCACAAUGGAGAGA